AUGAAAAAUUUUGUGGAUUGUCUGAUGAGUCGUCACUUUCAAUGUAGGAUCGCACUGUUGCUGUUGCUAUCCCAUGAAGAAGCCUUGGCAGACCAUGACAGAAAUCUGAUUGCGUUGCUACAGAGAUGCAAGGAGCGAAACUUCAAACUGAACAAGGACGAGUUCGUCUUCAAACAACAGAAAUUGAAUUACUGUAGUCAUAUCUUAACUUCUGAGGGUAUUUUACCAGACCCAGCCAAAGUUGAAGCCAUCACUCAGAUGCCGAGACCACGCAGUAAGACUGAAGUGAGAAGACUACUUGGAAUGAUCAAUUAUCUGGGCAAAUUUUUACCUCAGCUGUCCGACGUAUCUGAACCUCUCACAAACUUAACCAGGGCGCAAAACCAAUUCAUUUGGUCGAAAGUUCAGCAAGACGCCUUCAACAAGUUGACUCGACUCUAG